AUUUCCUCAUCCUGUGUAUACUGUUUGGUUUUGGCAAGUCAUAGCGAGAUUUGUUGUUUUUCACUUUGGAGCAGGAAUGUGCUUCCAAUCACUUGAUCUUUAGUCACUCCUCUACUACGUGUCUGUGGGAACUGGGGGAGGGAUUGACUUGACAUCAGGCAAAGGCUGAGCUUCUGGUUCCUCAGGUCCUGUUAUUUCUGCAAACUCGAGAGGGAACGCCAUGGGCCUGGAGCUGUAUUUGGAUCUGCACUCGCAGCCCUGCAGAGCUGUCUACAUUUUCACCAAGAAGAAUAACAUUGCGUUUGAGUUUAAGCUGGUCAGUCUGUCGAAAGGUCAGCAGUUCAGUGAGGAGUUUGGCAAAGUGAAUCCCCUCAGACUGGUGCCAGCUCUAAAGGAUGGAGACUUCACCAUGGGAGAGAGUGUGGCGAUUCUGAAGUACCUGGCGUGUAAAUACAAGACCCCCGACCACUGGUACCCGGCUGACCUCCAGAGGCGCGCUCGUGUGGAUGAAUAUCUGGCCUGGCAGCACACGACCAUUCGAUAUCAUGGAUCCAGGCUUUUCAUGUUCAGGAGCCUGUUGCCAGUUUUAACUGGGCAGCCAAUGCCCAAGGACAGAAUGGACGAGGCAGUAGAGGAUCUGCAAACAUCCAUCCAGAUCCUUGAGGACAAGUUUCUGCAGGACAGACCGUACAUCGCAGGACAGGAAGUAUCCCUGGCUGACCUGGUCGCUCUCGUCGAGCUGAUGCAGCCCAUAGGAACUGGACUCGAUCCCCUGGAAGGUCGGCCUAAACUCAUCGAAUGGCGCGAGCGGGUCAAGUGUGCCGUGGGCAAGGAGCUAUUUGAUGAGGCCCACGAGGAGAUGAUGAAGUGUAUGGAAGUGAUAAACGCUAUGGAUCGUCACUCUCCUGCAAUGCAGCAGUUUGUAAAACAACUGCAGAAGAAAUUCAAAUGAAGGAGUUAGCGAGUCUCAAUGUCUCUGAUGCUGACUGCAGCUUGGCUAAUGCCCUCCAUUAUCCCCUGCAAUCCAAUAAACCGCCAGAAACAAUGAAAAA